AAUUAUCAGUAUCAUACUAAUUUUGAUCAUGAUGUUCAGUAAAAUUCUGUGGAAAUAUACGAAAAUUAUGACUGCUUUAAUCACUAUUGCAAGUCUACUAUGGUGUUUCGCCAUCUGUAUAGCAUUCGCUUAUCCACUUCCAGAAACCAAGUUCAUCUUGCUCAUUAUCUGUAUUGUAUUGAAUGCCUUAGCAGUUACUCUUGGAAUAAGUAUCCACCGGCUUCAGAGGACAGUAUUAAUAUCACUGUUUACCGUGUCAUUGAUGAUCGAUUUGGUUGGAACAGUACUGCUUUUUCUUUCAUUAGGCAUCUAUCCUAUACGCAAUUUUCAGGCCCUAGCUGAGAUUUGCUGGUGUGUAGGUGCAUGUAUCAUAACCUUCAUUACAAUUAAUGCUCUGUGA